UAUGAGUGCGGAUGGACCUGUUGUCAAUGUACAUGUGCUGUUCUUUGCCAAGUCCCGCGAGUUAGCCCAAACCCCCCGAUCCAAUGUGGAUUUGCCUUCCCAGAUCGUAGCCUCAGAUCUUUUGGACCAACUGGUUACCAGAUUCGACUUGGCUUCCAUUAAAGACAACUUGAUUUUGGCCCACAACGAAUCGUACAUCGAGAAUCUGAGUGAUAAGAUUCUGUUCAGGGAAGGCGACGAACUGGCUGUUAUUCCGCCCUUAAGUGGAGGAUAGGUAUUUCACCAUGG